GGUUGCAUUUGUGAAAAAUCUUUAUUUAUCGAAAAUAAAUCGUUCGCAUUGAGCGCAUUUCUUUAAAACGCAUUAAGGAUUUUAUAGGCAAUUUACUAAACAAAGGAGUAAACUUGCAGUAAAUAUUUAUAUUGCUCAAAAGAGCAACGAUUUGUGAAAUUAUUGCUGCUCGUAACAAAUAACUGGAGCAAAGGAAGAGUUAGGGACUGUUAAAAAUUAACUUCCAUUUUGUAAAAGUAAUUGACUUGGUCGUGAUACAUAUACACUCCCUCUUUAUAAUAAUUGUAAUAUUUUCUUAAUAAACAGAAGUGCUACUGAAUAUACAUUCUAUAGUAUUCUUCAUCUGCUUUGACUACAUAAGUAGUUGUAGGAAAGAAAGAAAUAUCUGCACGGAGAAUACUAGCUCCAAAAUAUUCACCAACAACUUUACAACAAAUAACGUCAAUUUACUACGCACACAUCCGGCCGUCCGUCUAUUGGUGAUAUUAAAACCAAUCGAAGAAAAAAAUUUAAAUCAGCCACAAAAAAUAAACACAUUCAAAAACCUACAAGAUGACCUCGACACCACCAACAAUGGGCGAAGAUUUGCUCGGCGAAUCUUGGAUUGAGCUAAGUAGCGCAGCUACAAUGGCCGGUGUUAAGAGCCCUGACAGAAUCACACCAUUACCCUUCAACAGUGGCGAAGAGUAUAUACGCUUGCUGCGUGAAGCGCAACGCGAAUCAAAUCAAUCCAGUCGCGUUGUCUCAUUGGCCAGUUCGCGACGUGAUACACCCAGGGAUAGCCCAAAAUCACCACCUAACAGUCCAAAUACCGAACUCACACCUGAUGAAGAUCUCAAAAAUGUUUACAUAAAUUAUUGGAAUAAGGAGGCCGAUAGUCACAAAGAAACCGAUUGGCUAGAUGAAUGGAAUAGCCGACCGGACCAACAACCACCAAAAGAUUGGAAAUUUGAACACCCACAGAAGAAGAAGAGCUCUGGCUACUCUAUACGUUUGGCCCGUGUUGGCAAGAACUCGCUCUUCUCCAGAGAAAUACUAUACUCGCUCAUUAUAUCCAACGUGCUAUCUUUGCUAUUGGGCGCCGGACUGGGUUUAUGGCUCAGCAAACGUGGCAUCCUCUUGACCCGAGUUGUCAUUGACUGAACCGAAUGUUAAAGAAAAGUGAUUUAUAUACAUAUUAUACUAAUAUUAUUAUUUUAAUCGAUGCAGUAUGCAAAACAAAAACAAAAGAAGCGAAAAUAAAAUUAAACAAAAAUAUACAUACAUAUUUUUAUAAAUAUGAAAUGCAAAAAUGUAAAACAAGGUAAAAACAGAAUGCAAUUAAAUUUGAAAGAAAAAAAAUGAAGAAACCCGUCAGAGUACCAUAAAACAAUAAACCUUAUCAGUCCUGGUGUUAUAUAAAGCCAAGUUUAAAAAAUAAAAGUAAAUUUGCAACAGGACAAUGUGGAAGAUAAUCAAUUCAUCUUUCAAACAGGCUUGACUUCAUAAAUAUGUAUUCCAUAAAAAAAUGCAUAUGUACAUUUAUACACUUAUUCAAACAUGCAAUACAAAGAUAUUUGUGCAGACACACAUACCAUCUAAGCAUAUUUGAGUAUUGGGUGUGCGUAUUUAUGAUAAUCAGCCAGCCAAUAUAAAAGCGAAUUACAUUUGAAUUAAGCAGUUUUUAUUGAAAAUAAAGAAAGAAAAAAUGUUUGCGUUCAUAAAAUCUACAUAUGUAUGUAUGCGAAAAAGGUAUAUUGUCAUAAAUGCGUACAUACAUAUAUGCACAUUCAUUUGGCAAACAAACAAACUUAACUUUAUGAAACGUACGACACAAGCGUUGGCUCAGGUCUUUUAUUAUUAUAUUCUCCCGGAAAAAAAGUUAAAAACUUAAAUGCGAUUAAAUAUUCUUACGAAAAUGCUUUAUACAUAUAUCUUUUUUACCAAUUUUUUUUAAUAAAAAAUAUCUUAACUAUUUUAAUAUAUAAAUACAUAUGUAUUUUAAUAUAUUUAUGAAGAUAUUGAAAACUGAAUGUAAGAAUGGAAUGGCUUUAGCUAUUUAGAUUUAAUGUAUUUUGGUAGUAAAAAUGAUAAACAAAAAAGUUUGUAUUCAUAUAAUCAUUUCUUGUCAUAUAACAAAAUCGGUUAUACCAUUUUUAGCCAGCUCUUGGUAGGAAAAGCGAUGAAAAUGUUUUGUCAACAGACUAAAGAAAAUCCUUAAACAUUUGUUGUUCUUUUACCUUAAGGUGUUUAAUUUUCAUAAACUUUCUAAUAACUAAUUUGUAUUGAACUUUUAUGUAUUUUAACUUUUCAUAACUACGAUUGUAGUAAAUUUGGUACUCGUCUUCAUCGAGCUUACCAGUACCACCAGAACGCGUUUGUUUUUUCUAGCUUUUAGUCUAAUUAAUAUGUGAGGUUAUAACCUCAACGACAUUUGCAUACAUAUACCUAUAUCAUUACAUUAUUAUAUAUUUAUCCAAUAAACAAGGAAUACUUGCAUAAUUUUAAUUUUAAAACUUUUGAAAAUAUUACCAUUGAAUUUAAUAAUAAUCAAACAUACAUACGAAUUCGAAAAUAGCGUACAGUUACGCAUAUGUAUUUCCCUUUCCCUAUAUACAAUACCUACAUAUAACUAUAUAAAUAAUAUAUUAUAUUUACCUAACUAUGUAUAUGCAUAAUUAUAUUAUUAUUAAAUAUAUCAUAGACCUUUUUGAUAAAGUAAAGAAACGAUAAAUGGAAAAAAA